AUGGCGCAGUCAGUACAAGAGCCAAAAGUACAGUUAUCCAGAAUGGAAGGAAAAGUGCCAGAAUCCAUGAAAUUCGAGGGAAACCUUCAUGAAAAUUUUAGACGGUUUUACCAAAAUUUUGAAAUGUAUCUUAUUGCAACUGAGAAAGAUGACAAAGCCGAUAGAGUAAAAAUUACUUUGUUUUUAAAUAUGAUUGGACCGGAAGGAGUUGAUAUAUAUAACAUUCUCAAAAUACCAGAACCUAAUAAAUUUGAUAGUGUCAUAUCAGAAUUUAAGAAGUAUUGUGCUCCCAGAAGAAAUAAAACAUAUGAACGUUUUGUAUUUAAUAAAAGAAAUCAAGCUGCAGAUGAACCUUUUGAUAGUUAUCUUAGUGAUUUAAAAAAGUUGAUACAAAGCUGUGAAUAUGAGACCCAGGAAGACAGCAUAUUGACAGAUAGGUUAGUUCUAGGAACAAAUAAUCCAUCAGUUCAAGAAAAAUUAUUAAAUGCUCAAAAGUUAACGCUUGAAACAGCAAUAGAGAUAUGCAGAAACUCUGAAAUAACAAAAAGGCAGUUAGAAUCUGUAAGAAACAAUGAAAGUUUGGAAGUAAAUGCAGUAAAAAAUAGACAAGAUAGUGGAAAUACACAAAGUGAGUUAAAAUUUUUGUGUAAAAAUUGCAAACGUAAACAUGUAACUGCCCAGUGCCCAGCGUUUGGAAAAAAUUGCUUUAAAUGUGGUGGAGCAAAUCACUUUAUUAAUGCCUGUUUUGCUGAAAUGUCCAAUCGGCAAAGAUAUAAAAGGUAA